ACAGAUGGACAAAGUCUGUCUUUCAGUGUCUUGCAUGAUGAAGAUCUUGUGGCCAUGAUCAGCCACAUGACUGCGUCACUAAAGAGGAUCUUCCCUGAUUCUUCUCCAGGAAAACUGUUAAAGACAGUUCCCCUGGACCUCCAGGAAAGCCUGCUCACACUGACUGGAGUCAUAGAGGAGCAGCUGAACAGUCAGCCAGGCCCCUGUGGAGGAUUUUCUGAUACCUAUGCUGCUCUUUGUGAUUUUAAUGAAAUGCCAUUUAGAGAAGAGAUUCAGUGGGAUGUUGACAACAUCUACUACAUACAUAACUGGAGAAAGUUCAACCUGCAGGACUUUAGCCAUUUAGAAAGCAGAGACUUGGCAUUGGCAGUAGCAGCCUUGUCUUUUAACCAGUGGUUUACUAAGAUCUACUGCAAAGAACUCAAACUGUCGGCUGACAUCCAGCAGCAACUGACUUUCCUGCUGUCCAAAUCUUCAAGUCUGGAAGAACUCUCCCUGGAGGACUGUGGAUUGAAAGUGGAUUUUGCUGUGAAAAUGGCAGCUGCUCUUCAACAGCACACAUCUACUCUGCAAGCCAUAAAUCUGUCAGGCAACUCAGUCGAAGAUAAAGGUGUAAUUGCCCUCAGUCAGGAGAUCCUGCAUCUAAAUGAGGGACUCCGAUUUCUCUCCCUGAGUCGUGUAUCAAUGAGCACCAAAGGUCUUGGUUGUCUGAGUCAGGUCUUGUCCUCCUAUCAGCAGUUUUCCACAUCUCUGACUCAUCUCGAUCUGUCUUGUAACCCAGGAAGCCUGGUCACUGAGGAUGCCACGUUUCUCUUCAAGUUCUUGUCUGGUACAAACUCACUGUCUUACUUGGACCUCAGUGAUACCAGCUGCCCUCUGGACACGUUAUUUGUAUCCCUGUCUGCUGGAUGUUGUUACAAACUGGUUCACCUGAACUUGGCGAGAAACCCCUUCACUCACAGAAAAGUGCGGCAGGUGACCAGGAGUGUCCAAGAGUUCUUCAGUCAGAGCUGCGUGCUGAGAUACGUCGGCCUGUCUGCAACCAAACUACCUCCACAAGCUCUCAGGUUUUUGUUGCAAGGUCUUGCCACUAACACUCAUCUUUUUGGUUUGGAAUUAGAUCUCAGCAGCUGUGAGCUGUGUACGGCUGGGGCCCAGGUGAUACAGGAGCACAUCUCUGAGGCUACAGCAAUCAGAAGUCUGGAUAUCUCUGACAACAGUUUUGAGAAUGACAUGGUGACACUGGUUCUGUCUGUUGGUCGAUGCCAAUCUCUUCAUCACCUUGCUCUUGGGAGGAACUUUGCCAUGAAGUCCAGAGCUCUCACCGACCUUCUUCAUCGUAUAGCCCAGCUCAUUCAGGAUGAAGAGUGUCCCCUGCAGUCUCUCUCAGUGUGUGACUCUAAGCUGAAGACAGGAAUACACAUUCUGUUGAGUGCACUGGGCAGCCAUGCUACCCUGGCCGAGCUGGAUAUCAGUGGAAACAACAUUGGAGACACUGGAGCCAAAAUGCUCGCUAAAGCCCUGAUGACCAACACCAAACUAAGGUCUCUAACAUGGGACAGAAACAAUGUAACAGCCAGGGGGUUCCAGGAUGUGGCAGAUGCCUUGGAGAGGAACUUUACACUACAGAAGAUGUCUCUCCCCUUGGCUGAUAUCACACAGAACUACCGCAGCAGCGCAGACCGAACAAAAGAAGCCCUGCACAAGAUUCAGCAGUGUCUAGACAGAAACAACAUGAGACAUCCUGGCAGUGUGGGACCUCAGCAGGUGUUUAGGAGUCAACAUUCUGAAAAGCUGAUCCAGGGUAUGUGUCGACAGCUGGAGGACAGCAUUCAGCGUAUAAGCUACUGCAAUACACAGGUGGUCCAGAAUGAUAUUAAGUCUGCUCAUGAGGUGCUUCAAAAUGCCAGAGAGUCUCUGAAGCUGCUUCCAUCUUUGUGUGAUGAGACCAUUAAGUGUUCCUCUGUUGGAGACCUGGUGAUGGAUAUCCUGUCUGAUGCUACUUCUACACUGACUCGGGAAAUCACAAAAAACUUGCAGGAGUUGGGUCAAGGCCUGAUAGGAUUGGCAGAAUCAGUGUGUCCACGGGUGGUGCAGCGCUCCAGUGUCUGCAAGAGUCUGUCAGAGUGCAUGUCCAAAAAAAGCAAACAGGCAGAAAUAUUCCUAAGAAGCAGGCUGGUGGAAACUGCAGGGGAAAUCAUCAGCACCAGAUUGAGUGAACUGAGACAAGCAUUGGCUGUGACUCUGGCUGAAACCAUGGUAGAACAGGUGCUACAGGAUCUGACAGCAAUGCAGGACAAAAUGGACUGCCUAAUAACUGAAAACUCAUCCAGCACUCAGAAAAUCAAUAUCCCAGAGCUUCGGCUGACUGACAGUGAUUUCCCAACUGAUGAUUACAGUCCAGCAUUCUGGAGAAACGAAUUGCUUUCUAAGAGCCUGAGACCUGCUGCUUCAAUUAAAAGUCUCCUGGAUGCAGAUUGUGAGCAACACACCAGGGAAAGAAGAACAGAGAGAGAGGGGGGAGGAGCUGCCAGAGAGGAUGAUGGAGGAGGAAGGUGUGCGCUCCCACAGUUGCCACUCUCAACCUCAAGUCCCUCCCUUUCCCCUUCUACUUCCUUGUCCCCCUCCCCCCAACCACAGAGGGGGAGGAGGUGGAUGGAAGGGGAGGUGGCAUCAGUGGAUGCUGCAGAAGCAGUAUCAAGAGAUAGUGGAGCAUCGUUCAGCCAUCCUUCCAGCGUCCCCGCUAUCUAUUCCAUCUGUAAUCGAGCUUCAAAAGAGAAAGCAGCUGGCCAUGGAGGCCUGAACGGACGACAGGAUCUCUUCUCUGGCUGCAGCCCCUGCCUAUGUCCUCACCCUGGCUCUGGAUUCUCUGUUUCUCCCAUGGAGCCUCUACCAAGCCAGGGACAGAGUCUGAGGCACUACACUGCCUCCCGACCACGACCACGACGCACACACACUCAACCCCCCUCCUCAAGGCCUCAGGAGCCAGUGUCCGAGGAAAAGAAGAAGGAAAAUGAGGCAACGGGCAGAGUGGAUGAAGGAGUAGAGGAGUUCUUCACAAAGAAAAUUAUCCCUGACUAUGCAUUAAAAGGCCGAUGGGAGGAGUCAAACCCUGCCCAAGUCCUUCCCUCAGAGUUAAGCUCCUCCCCCUUUUCCUCUUCAUCUGACAUUAUUCUAUCUACCACCACUGCCACCAUCACCUCUCCCUCUGCUGCAUCUACUGACACUUCCUUUCCAUCCCUUGAUGUUCACUCCCUUUCCUCAUCUACCACCUUCCCCUCCGCAACUUGCUCCACCACCGCCACAAUUCCUACAAAAAAUAUAAAGAAAAGGUUUGGUGAUUUCUUCGCUUUCAAGAGAGCCCGAGCAGGCCGAUCUACCAAGACAGGCAGUGGAGAUGGAGGACAAAAAGCUGAAGGGGUCAAGGUCAAAAGGACCGCCAUUGCAGAUCUCAUUCGACCCCUGCGGGAGGCCAAAGACAGGGACAGGGAUAGGGAAAGGGAAAGGCAGAAGGAGAGGGGGAAGGGGUCAGAGGAGGAUGCUAAUAUUUGUAAUGAUGCCACUACUACAGACGGAACUGUCACCCCCAACUGCCAUCUUGCCGACGUAGUGAGGGAAACAGAACUCCCCGCUAAGUCAUUAAGUACAACACAAUCCAGUGGGAUGACUCCUCCCUACCCCACCAUCACAAAAAGCCCUGAAUUCACCACCUCUGUUCUUUCUGAACUGGGGGAAGCAGCAGGUCCUGUACCACCACGCCUCAGCCCCACUCCUGCAGUCGUUACAACACCAGCUGAGACAGAGAUGCCGACGGGAGGUCUGUCAUGUGGGGAAAGGAGACUCAGGGUGACCAAAAGACUGAGAGAAAACAAGAGCCAGAGUCUCAUACUGCUGACUGGAUUAGAGCCGGAGGACAAGGAUAAUACACCCAAUAAGACCGCCCCAAAAGAAGUCCACCAUCACAGCCCCACUCCUGCAGUCGUUACAACACCAGCUGAGCCAGAGAUUCCGGCGGGAGGUCUGUCAUGUGGGGAAAGGAGACUCAGGGUGACCAAAAGACUGAGAGAAAACAAGAGCCAGAGUCUCAUACUGCUGACUGGAUUAGAGCCGGAGGACAAGGAUAAUACACCCAAUAAGAAACAUGCAUCUGAGAGCGCACCUGGCUUUGAACAGAGGCUUCAGGUGAUGCUGCACAGAAUGGAAGUGGCCAAAACUCCCCCUGCUGAUACCAGGAUGUGCCAGUAUAAAGAUGAGGAGCUGAGAAAAGCCGUCUCUGAAGGUGCUAUCCUAAACAAACCUGAAGUACCUCCCAAAGACAUCAAGUCCAGAACAAUGUCUACUUCAUCAGCUGAGCCCAGGCAUCCUCUGAGAGUGCAAGACCUCAACCAACAAAUUCUGCUUUACCCAAAGCCUGCCCUUCCUGAACGCAUCGUGGGCCCCCUCCUACCCAAACCUUCAAUAGCAGUCAAACCACCCCCACCUAUCCCAGCUCCUCGCCCCUCCUCUGCUCCUGCUUUCACCAGCUCAUCAGAGCAAGUCCAGCUCACAGCUCACACACAUGAUGGCAGGCCAAUGGAAACAACAGAGCAGAAUGGCAGCCAGGAUAGCGUACAGCGUGAAAUCCCCCCUCUGUCUCCCAGGAAAGAACUCCAUUCUUUAGUCACAAAAUCUUGGAGAGGCGACGGUGCACCAGACCGCAGCGAGAAAGUACAAUCAGUCACUGAGGAGAGUCUUCCUAAGCUACGCCAGCACCUAAAGCCCCUCCCACAGCGCAGAGCUGUGUCUGUCCAUGAGGAUGCACUGGCCGUGACACAAGAACUCAAGGCUGUUAUACAGAAGUCACCAAUCCGUUUCCAGGGCAACCACUGGGACCUGCCCUCCUGCAAUGAAGAUAAAGCACAAGAAAAACAAUCAGAUGAUGAAAAGAAGGCAAGGGACCAGAUGGAUGAACAGAAGGCAGAGAGAGGAAAAGCAAACUGUGGAGGUACAGUGCCUCCAACCAAGCAACUACUUUUACGAGAAGCAGAAGUACCUAAAUCAGGGUGUUCCUCUACCACUAGACUUCUCAGUUCAAUUGCAUUUGACAAGACAUUCACUGGAAUGGAGAGACCUCCCGAACCACCUAGAAGAGUGGGAAAGUCACCUGUGAACCUUGCACCUCAGAGAAAGAGCCCCACCAGAAUCUCAGCGUCCUCACCAUUGCGAGAAAAGGCCCCCACCACAAUGCCAGUUGGCUCUAAAUCCAUAGAGUUAACCCAUCUAAGCCCCUUUUCCCAGAAGAACAGCUCUGUUGCAUUGGAUCAGGGUAAUAACACACAAAAGAGAGGAGAAACACUUUCUCCACAGCACACAAAGAUGGCUGAGCCAGCAGAGGAAAGAACUGAGCCCUGUCUGUUUGACUGACUCACAGAAACAGUCUUACCUGGAAGAGCUCUGCCACAUCACUGACAUCACGAAGCAGUAGAGUAUGAUUUUCAUGUAGUGUGAAUGUCCUACUUUUUUUCAACAGCUCAGUUGUGUUUCCAUCAUGUGUGCUACGCAAGCUUCACAGUGACCUUUUGGUGUGAAUAAACGUUUUACACACUUUCUGACAAAGGGAUAAUUAUAAUGUAGAUUUGGUUAAUUUCUGUUUUUAGAUUGAUUUAAUUUAGCAGGCUUUGCUUGUUUACACCAAAAGGCCAAACUGUUAGCUGGAGCUUACUAGAUGCAUGCACCAACAGUGUAUCUGCUAAAUAUGUUGGUGCAUGCUGAGAGGUCUUCUUCUGACAUAGGAAGACAAAAUAAUGUUAACCUCUUACUUUGUUUUUAGACACACAGUUUAUAACCACUAGCAUGUUGGAUUUUAUGUAACCUGACUUUAACAACAUUAAAUAUGGGUUUUUGUACUGUUCUGAAAGACUCAUUUAACAUAUUUAUGUUUUAACAUAUGAUGUCAAAACACAUUUAUUUACAUAUUUUACCCACACUGUCUUGUUAUAUACAAUUAAAAGUAAGCUUUGAGGCCUAUGGUGAACUUGAUGGUUAUAUUUUGUUUAUUGAGUUUUGGGUUUUAGCCUUCUGGUUUGUAUCAGCUGCAUUUCAGCUGCAUUUUCAGUCAAUCUAUAAAACAAAAGUGCUGAAGAACAGCUCUUUUUUUUUCAGUGGGACAGUUCAGGGUUUUGUGAUCAUGACCCAUCAGUAUUUUAGUUGCAGUAGAUAAUUCCCCUAGGAUUUCUUAGAUGAAACAUUGCCUUGUUAACAACUCCAAAACGUUAUAAAAUAGAGGUGCUCACUUAUUUCAUCAUGGCUUCCGUUAAAGACAGAAAUGUGUUGGGCAACAACCUAAGUGUGAGACUGUUGCAAGUCUUUUCUAUAUCGAGUAUCAAAAGUUUGUUCUAAAUGUAUGUUUUCUCUCAAUAGUAGGUUUAAUAUAGCAAAGAGAGAUAUGCUCUCAGUUCAUGUUCAUCUUAGUAGGAAAAGAGCAUUAUUAAGUUCAAAGAUCUCCAAAAUAUUAAAUGAGCUCAUGGGAACAUGUUUGCACAGAACACGCUAUAUCAAAUGCAAAUGUGGAGCCUGUUAAAAAAAAUCCUCACAUGAACUGCUAUGACAUUAUAGAGGAUGGAGUUGUUUUAAACUUCAGAUUUUUGGCUCCUGUUUUUUAGCUUUUAGCUCUGAAAUAAAUCUGUGUUUCAUUAAAGUGGAGACAUUAAGAGAGUUAUCUUCUUGCAGGUAGGAUAGUGACUGCCUGUAAAAUCACAGCAGGACUAAUAACUGAAUUGUCCCCUUAUGCUAAGUUAAGGCAAAGAUUUACAAAACAUUGUUUCAUGCAAACCAAACUAUUUUUAAAACAUUUGAGCACUUGAGCACACAACUCACAAAUUCAAUUACACUCCUACACUUUACACGAUGGAUUUGCACUGUAUAAAGAAGUGCUCGAAGUUUGAUGGUAAUCACUGGAACACAGUGCUGAAACUUCCACAUUUUCUGCAUUGCGUACUGUCACCAUUUCUUGGAUACCAACACUUUUCAUACACCUGCCAGUAGGCAACAUAAGUCUCAAUGUAACUGAUCAGCUACAUAACAUCACAUUGAGAUGGUCGGAUUUAGGGGAUCAGGUGACGCAUGACUAUUGAGGAACAAUGAUUGGUUAGAUUGGGCAGGUUUGACGUGUACUUGCAAUUUCUGAAUGGAUUAGCAACACAAAGAGGAUGCAGUAAAUCUGUUGGUAUUCUACUUAGAUUCUGCUCAUGCCAGGUGUGAUUUUAUCAUAUUGUCAUUACUUUAUGUGGCAGAAUUUUCCAGCAGCUCAGUAGGUCACCAGGUCUGUAUGUGUCAUCUGAUACUAUGUGAGAUAGCAAAACAACAAUGGGAUUUAGUCUUUGAAACUCUCAGGGCGGUUGUGGAGGCGGUUGUGUGAUUUUUUUUAAAACUGUCAUGUUUCUCUUUAACUUGCACACACAGAAUAUUUACUAAACUGUAUAAAUCAAAUGAGUAUGAACAGUGUAAAUCGAUACCUAUACCUGUUAUCAAUUAUUAAAAAUUUCUUGAUUUGUGUCCUAA